CAAAAAAACGAAAAACAAAACCCCUCAUCCUCAUUGUAAUGCAAAAAUAAAAAUACAUAAUAAUAAUAAUAAUAAUAACAAUAAAAAAUAGAUAAGAGAAUUUGUAAAUGGAGAAGAUGAAAGGGAAGAGGCCCAUCCAGGUGGUAAGAACAUGGGUGAGAAGACAACCACCAAAAGUCAAAGUAUUAAUGGGUUUUAUUAUGGGAAUAGCAGCCCUUGUUUUCAUACGGAUGCUUGUUUACGAUCAUGAUAAUCUUUUCAUUGCUGCUGAAGCCGUUCACGCCCUCGGCAUUUCUGUUCUCAUUUAUAAACUCGCCACCGAAAAAACCUGCGCCGGACUUUCUUUGAGAUCACAGGAACUUACGGCUAUCUUCUUGGGUUCUAGACUCUAUUGCAGUUUUGUAAUGGAAUAUGAUGUACACACUUUAUUGGACUUGGCUACAUUGGCUACUACCAUAUGGGUCAUCUAUAUGAUGCGUUUUAACCUAAAUGCUAGUUACAUGCAUGAAAAAGACAACGUUCCGAAUUAUUAUGUUGUGAUUCCAUGUGCUUUAUUGUCUCUAGUGGUUCAUCCCACAACACAGCAUCACAUUGUAAACAGAAUUCUAUGGGCCUUUUGUGUUUAUCUCGAAGCUGUCUCAGUACUACCACAACUCCGUGUUAUGCAAAAUACCAAGAUUGUUGAACCGUUCACGGCACAUUACGUUUUUGCUUUAGGGGUUGCAAGGUUUCUAAGUUGUGCCCAUUGGAUUCUCCAGGUAUUGGAUACUAGGGGACGCUUGUUGACAGCUUUAGGUUAUGGAUUGUGGCCGUCGAUGGUCCUUCUUUCUGAAAUCGUUCAAACAUUUAUACUUGCCGACUUCUGCUAUUAUUAUGUUCAAAGUGUGAUGGGCGGGCAACUUGUUUUACGCCUUCCAUCUGGAGUGGUGUGAGCUGAAAACUCAGGGUAAACUAGAGCAGGGUCUAUGGGACCGAUAACUCUCCACUAAUAGAGGUAGUAAGCAACAAUUUGUUUUUUAUAUUUUUCUUUCUUUUUUGGGUAUGCAUAUUAUGUAUGUCACGAUGGGAUUGUAGGAGAGUAACGGGGUUACAUUUCCUUGCAAGCCAUUACCCUGUUAAAUUAUGUAAAAUAUCUUAUCUAUAUCUUAGAUUUCUAGAGGUUGUAUGGAGUUAGCGUUUCUGUGUCAAAACUUUUAUCGAAGACAUAGUUUGUAGAAUGGUUUGUUUUCGUUUGAAAUAUGUUUAGAUGGAGUUUGAGAUGAA